GCGGCGCACAUGGAGGGGCAGCCAAAGUCGCAUGCGACUCACUCGCAAAUUUGUCGUUACCCACCAGCCAAAAUUUCCUGCUACAGCUUCACUACCCGACUUCACUUUUGGAUACCUUUGUACUUUCAGACGGCUGCCUGUUGUUUCGUUCGUCAGUCACGAACCCUCUUGCCGUUACCAAAUGACUCCACGGUAGCAUUAAAGGCCAACUUGGGAUAGUGAGAGGAUCUCAAGCGGCCGCAUCUCCAGCAUCCACCCAUUUCCGCCUGCAUCUUCAUCCCUCCGACUUGCCUGUUGCGAUGCAGGUGACUAAAAGCCUUGCUGAGCUGUGUGCUCUCCUCGUCGACGAUGUCUACGGCGAACUCCCAUCCCGCAUCUUUUCAGCCCUCUUGAAAAAGGGCAGAUCGUCUAUCCCCCAGCUCAUCCAAUAUACCUCGCUCAACACACGCCAACUUCGCCAUGGGCUCGUCGUACUCGUUCAGAACAAUCUUCUCUAUUGGAAAGUAGAAUCCGGCCAUGCCGUGUACGCACCAAAUAUCGACGCAGCCUAUAACAUCGUUCGCAUCGGCAAGAUACUUGACAUGAUCGGUGCGGUAUACGGCGAAGAAGAGAAGGAAGUUGCUCAAAACUUGCUGAGCAUGGGCCAUGCCAAGGUCGAAGAUCUCAGGGACGCCUACCAGGCUAAGUUCAACCAAGCGGCACGGCACGCGGCUGCCGUCAAUGGAGAUGCAAAUCACGGCAGCGGCGACGGCGACGGCGACGGCGACGAAGACGACGACGAGAUGGAUUCUGGCCAAGUCAGGAAGGACAGCAAGACUGGACUCUAUGUCAAGUCUCUGGAGCAACUCGACGAUGUCAUAUGCCGGCUGAUCCAGGCCGAGCUGGUCGGCACCGUCACCGAAGAGUCCUUCAGGAGCUUGGAAGAUAGAUACAAAGCCCUCGAAGAUGAGAUCAUGAAGACAUUCUUCGCUGGUGGCGUCCGUGGCGCAAAGGGCAAGGAGGACUAUGCCAUCAGGAGGGCUAAACGGCUGCGGGAAAUGCGGGAUGAGCCUCUGAGUCUGAAAGGGACACUCCAAGCCAAAAUCUCCAUGAGCAAACGGAGAAAGCUCUCCGGUUGGAGCUACGCGAACGGCGGUGGUGCCUCGGAUAACGACUUACUCAUCGAUGGAAAUAUUGCCCUGCGGGUCAACUACGAGAAAUGCACCGUGGAGCUUCGCAAUCAACAGCUUGUGCAUGUCGUUUCUGAGGUCUACGGCGAGACCACCGCCGAGGUCUAUGCGGCUCUUUUGCAGCAACUCAGCAAGAAGAUAUCUAGAUGCCGAUCGGACCCAGACAUUGACCUCGGCGACGAUGAAGAAUACCCACAUGGCCGACGAGUCUCGACAAACGAGGUUUACGACAAUCUGAGCCCGUCACUUGAUGUCUCAGCUGGCAUUGGCAAGGUGGGCGCGAAGGCAACCGACCGGAAGAGCGCAAACCAGAUCCAGGAGCACCCGCCUGACAUGAAAAAGCCGCCUUUCGACGAGGCCGAGGUUGAAGGCGAGGCCAGUUCCGACGAAGACGAGAUGGAGAUUGAGGAGCAGCCUUCGGGCCAUGACGUUGAGGAUGAUGACGAAGGUGCGGACCUGAAGCCGUUCACCAACGGUGCAAAUGGAACAAAAGAAACCAAGGUCAAGUUCAACGAAAACGGACCAGCAAAGCUUUCUCGAAAGGAGCAUUUCCGCCAACAUCUUUUGCUGCUAUGUGAAAGCCAGCACAAAUUUCUCCGUCACUGCGCCAUGGAGCAGUGGACCGUCGAUUUCGAGCCCCUCCUGCGAUCCCUGCAACAGAUGGAACUAGAUGCCGUCAUUGAGCGCAGCGUCGGCCAGAGUGGGCUUCGACUGGUGCGCAUUCUCCGACGAGUGGGCAAAAUGGACGAGAAAACGCUUCCGAGCCUGGCUCUUAUGUCCAAGGGGGAAGUCCAGAAAUUGAUGUUGAAGAUGCAGAUGCUUGGUUAUGUGGACAUGCAAGAGGUUCCCCGAGACAACAACCGGAGUGCUAGCCGCACCCUGUUUUUGUACUGGACAGACACGGGCCGCUGUCUCGACCGACUUCUUGACAAUACUUACAAGGCCAUGCUUCGAUGUCUACAGCGGCUCGAGGUCCAAAGGGAGAUGGAGCGAGAGGUUCUCGACACGGUCAGGCGCGAUGACGUUCGUGGCCGGGAGAAAGAGUUGCUGGAGGGCCGUUUCUACAACCGGUUCGUCCGCAUCUCGGAGAUACAGGAGAAGCUCCUGGCUCAGAUCAUGAGACUGGACAGCCUUGUCGGCACCCUGCGGGAUUUCUAAUUGGCAAACCCUGGAAUCGGGACAAACUGCAUCAACGGCGUUCGGGGCACAAAAUUUGCAUAGAUUCACAACAUGGCGGCGUCUUUGAUGGACUCUCAUGGUCGGUUAGCCCAGAUAUGGGCAAAAAUACAUAUACCCAGUACUAAAGACGCUGGAGCGAGAUGGUAGAUAUAUCAUGGGCAGCGCUUCUUUGAGGCAUUGUGAGAGCAUACUUACCACGAAAUGCAUGCCUUUCAUGAUUUCGGGGUUCAAAAUGAAUGACCAGAGGUCGACCUGCCUUCCGGG